AUGUUGUUCCUCGCCCUCAUCUGGGCAGCAUCAGCCGUAGCAGCCAUCGCGAGCCAAAGCAAGACGGCGACCAAAAACACGACCAUCGACAAUGGCCCCUUCCCAACCGACCUCAAUGGUUCCAACUUCACGUACCCCCACCCCUUCCAACUCUUCCAUUUCGGCUCUCAGGGUCUGCCCCUAGAGAUGGCCUUCAUCGACCUUCCCCCCAUCGUCGCCCCUACCACAACCACGAAGCCACAACGCGUCCGUUACACCCGCAAAAAGCCCAACCCCAAGCCCAAAAUCGCCCUCUUGCUCCACGGCAAAAACUUUUGCUCCAUCACCUGGUCCACCACCGCCGCGACCCUCCAAAAGGCCGGGUACCGCAUCAUCAUCCCCGACCAAAUCGGCUUCUGCAAGUCCUCCAAGCCCGGCACCCUCUACCAGUACUCCCUCCACCAACUAGCCCUCAACACCUACUCCCUCUUGUCAGUCCUGGACCUGACAGACCCCAGCAACAAUGGCAUAACAGUGGUAGGCCACUCCCUGGGCGGCAUGCUAGCCACCCGCUUCUCCCUUCUCUACCCAGACCUGGUCUCCAGCCUUGUUCUCGUCAAUCCCAUCGGGCUAGAGCCGUACCUCGAACUCGGGGUACCAUACCCUGAUCUUUCUGUUACUCUCAAGACGGAACAGACGUCAAACUACAUGUCAAUAAAGGGGUACGAGCAGAGCAACUACUACCUCGGGGCUUGGGCGCCCGAGUACAAUGUGUGGGCGAUGAUGUUGGCUCAGAUCUACGCUGGCACCGAAGCCCAAAACUUUGUCGAGGGUCAGGCGAGGGUGGUGGACAUGGUGCUGACCCAGCCGGUCUUUUACGAGUUCCCUCGUGUCCGAUCAAAGACACUGUUGAUGGUUGGGACCAAGGACACAACGGCCAUCGGGAAACAGUGGUCGCCUCCGGAUGUGAAGGAGAAGCUGGGAAGGUAUGAGCUUAUUGGAAAGGAAACAGCCAACAGGAUGCCCAAUUGCACGCUGGUCGAAUUUGAAGACCUGGGACACGCGCCACAGAUCCAGGCACCUGAUCGGUUCCAUGCCGCCUUGCUCCAGUGGUUGAGGACGUGA